AUGGCGCCGGCGCCGCAGACGAUCAUCGAAGACGAGGAGGAGUUCCUUGCCGACGUCGCUGCCUUCCACAAGAGACGAGGGACCACCUUUGAUCGCGAAGGCAAAGUCAGCGGACGUCCCAUCUCCUUGCACAAACUGUACAAGCUAGUCAUAGCAAGAGGCGGCUAUGAUGCGUUGUCGGCCGAACGUAUGGCCUGGCGCACCCUUGUGAGAGAGUUUGGCAUUGGCAAAGCCCACGAGGCGGUCAUGACAUUUCAACUGAAAACGGUUUAUUACAAGAACCUUGCUGCAUACGAAAUUUCGACGUACUGGGGCGAACAGCCACCUCCAAAAGAAAUCCUUGAAGACAUUAGCGCAAAGGGGGGCUAUCUCCGAACACGAACCCUCGAAAACUAUCCCAUCCCUAGCUCUCAAACAGUCGAGCCCGCGAUGGUCGAGGGAGGAGACUCGGCAGAGGAGGAACAAACGACGCCCAAGCGCGCGAAGAUUGAGACAGAAGAGCCUGAAAGUGCGACCAGAUAUCCAUCACGUCAAUUAAGACAAGAUCCGAAACGCACCCAGAUAUAUCAGCCGGACCCUCAACCAACACGCUCGCGAUCCGUUCGUGCCACAGACUCUCCUGCAGCGCCAGCUGUCUUCCAGCAGACUUACACCAGCAAUUCCACUGACCCUCGCCACCCAUCAUUUGACUGGUACGAUAAAUACGAACCACGCCCACCCAUUGCCUUGACCCUCCGUCCAGCCCAGACACCUGGCAAUGAUCCUCAUUUCUUUGCCCGCAAGGCGCAAGCCCAAGCUGCGGCACUGCCUCGACCCGCCCCAGAGCCUCAGCAAUACCUCAAACCAAUCAUUCCAACUGCCAUGACGGGGCCAGACAUCUACAUUCGUUGUCUUUAUUGCUUGCGGUCCGGUAUCCCCGAACAGCAGCAAUUUGCCUUGCACCACAUGGUCAAGAUGUCAUUCGAGCGCGGCGACAAGUACAAAUUCGAAACAUAUCCGUUCCUUGCCGAAGGGUUGAUUGAGAAGGCGCUGGAGAUCACCGAACUCGUCCAUGGUGUGAAAUGGGAAAUAUCCUAUGACGACGACGCUGGAGAUUCGCUCCCGAAUACCUUGAACGCGGCUUUUGGAACUUCGAAUCUAUUGGCGCGUGUCGAGUCGCUGAUGCCUAAGACUGGAGGCGACGACCUUGAAGGUGCCGGAUUUGCUGACAAACUGGAGAGACUCAAUGAAGCCGUCUUGGUGCUUCGCAACAUGGUCAUCCUUGAAGACAAUGCUGGUUUCCUGUCUAAGAUGCCUCUAUUCAAGGACUUUCUCACUAUCGCUCUGUCUAUCCCAGAUCGACCAAAACUUGCCGAGUUCAAGCGGUCAGCACUGGAGGUGGCCGAACAAGUCACCAGAUAUUGGCCUUUGGCAUCAGACGAUCCGCUAUAUCUCACGCUUGUACCCCUCCUCAACUCAAAUGACCGCGCAGUUCUUCUUCCCGUGUUACGUUCGAUCAACCGAUUUGGAAUUCUGACAGCUGAAAUACACAAUCUCACAAAGGUUCCUCUGGCGUCGAUCGAGCGGUUGCUGUCAUUCACUGUGGUGGACUCGGAUGAAGAACUCCUCGAAACCACUCUGACCUUUAUUUACGAAUUCACUGCGGUGCCGGAAAACAAUACCGAGGUAUUGUCGAACAACUUCCAACUCUACACCGGCUUCAUAUCUCGUCUAAUCAGUCUCCUGGUCCGCCAUGCAUCGGUCAAGGAAAUACCCGGGGCUGCCGUGCCAGUUGGCGACCUCUCGAAGAAGAACCCGGCUGUCAAUCCUAUUCCCAUCAUACCACAAGAGCUGUAUGCUCAUCUCUUGCAGUUCAUUGAGCCAGACCGUUCUUCAAGAUGGCUGCGUUGCUGCUUCGAGGAGUCCCUCGGCGACGACGUUACCCAGAUCGCCAUCUGGCAGGCAUAUUCGUCGAGGUUCAGCCAACACAACCCCGUGCAGGCCGCCGACUUCAUCAAGAAUGUCUCGAAUACUUUUUCGACAGCUCAAGCUCAAGUUAUCAACGGUCCUGUACCUCGCUUCAUCAUUAGAGGAAUCAAACCACGCCGAGUGCUGCUCGACCUACAUAGCCGCCCCUUGUUCCAGUGUCUAUGGGAGGUCAACUCCUUGAGCCAGACAGAUCCGACUGGUCGUAGUCCUAAUCGACAUGUUUGCAGUUCAUGGCACUCGACUCGAGAGAGGCUUUGGACCCACAUCAUGGCAGACCAUCUCAGACUCCCCAAAGAUCCCAAGGGAGGCUUCACCUAUCCCCCAGCGCGCUCAUCCAACUUCAUGUGUCGUUGGACGCGAUGCAGCAGACGAAAUCCUGUGAAGAAUAGCCAUGAAUUCAGUUCGCAUAUCAUGUCCCAUAUUCCCGAAUCGCCCGAAGCCAUGGCCAAGCUCAUCAAUGAAUUGGCGUCCACGACGAAACAGUCCGAUAGACCCGAAGCCACACAUGCAAUGUACCAGACACCCUUUGAUGAAACCGGCCAUCCCUCGGGUGUCUCUUGGAUGAGUGUUUUGAUCUUGCGAAACCUGGCACGGUAUGCAAAUCGACACGGGGCACCAUUUGAGAAAGAUGGCAUUCGUCUCAACCAGAAGCUGUUUGGCGGUCACAGAGAUGCACUGUUCCGCAUGGUGAGUCUCCACCGGACCUUGCGAGACCACCUAGUGAACCUCAUCCACAUGGUGGAACAAGCCGACCAACGAGAUCAAGCCGGAACAAAGCGGGACCAUGAAGGCGAGGAUGUCUCUGCACGUUCGGGCUGA